AUGGAGAGAGUAGCUAUACUUGUUCUUUUACUUGUUUCACUCCCCAUUCAGAAAAUCUAUACUGCCGAAAUCAAUAUCAUUUCAGAUUUACAGUUCUUGACAGAAAAAGAUACAUUGGUGUCGCCUGCCGGAACCUUUGAACUUGGCUUUUUCAAGCCGGGUAGCUCUGGGAAUAGCUACCUUGGCAUAUGGUACAAGAAAAUAUAUGUCAAAACAGUUGUUUGGGUUGCCAACAGAGAACACCCACUCACCAUCGCAUCAUCAGGCGUGUUAAAGAUUGUCCAUCCAGGAAGUCUUGUCCUCAUGAACAAUAGUACCAAUGGUAUAAUGUGGUCAUCCAACACAACAUCCUCAGGAAAUGCGACUGCAAAGCUUGAUGACAACGGAAACUUAGUCAUGACGGACGGAGACAACGUAAAGAUUCUCUGGCAGAGUUUUGAUUAUCCAACUGAUACACUUUUGCCUGAAAUGAAGUUCGGGAGGGACCUGUUGACGGGCAGGGAAUGGCGUCUAUCAUCAUGGAAAGGCAGUGAAGAUCCAGCUCCAGGUGAAUUUACCUACAGCAUUGACACACAUGGUUAUCCUCAGCACAUACUCAAACAAGGCGAAAAUAUGAUCAAGUUCCGGGCAGGACCAUGGAAUGGUAUUAGGUUUAGUGGGGAUUCGGCUGUUAGACCCUAA